AUACUUUGUGAAGCAGGUGGGAAGGAGUUGUAGGCGUACGUUGAUGCGUCUUUUUCUGCCGAAAAUAAGGUCAAGCCCUGGGAGGGUACUUAGAGAAGGCAUCAGCACCGACUCUGGUUCGAAAAUACGAGGAUGGCCUUCACGAAACGACAGCUGAUCACUGGCUUCAGCGUUGUGUUUCUGGCUCUACUCACGAUCUUGGCGGCGUAUGCGCUUCAUCGAUGCAAUGCGCUCAACUUACCCAUUCCGAACUCCUUAUCAGCGUUCAUAGUCGCUCUCCCGCCGCUGGCUGGAAUUGUCCUGGAGUCGCUGAUCAGCUUUCAAUAUCGGCUUGCUGCAAAAAGACGGCUUCAGAACAGCAAAGUAUUCCAAAGCGUAAAUGCUCUUUUCCUGGUUUACGAAGCGGUCGUGGCAACAUUGGCGGGUACGCACAUUAUGCCUGUUGGCGGGUUAUGGUGUCCUUUGCAUGACAGAUGGAGCGAGAUGUUCCGAAACAAAGACAGCCGCGCGAUCAGGAGCAUUCAAGAUGCUUUCACGUGUUGUGGCUUUGCGUCGACCAGAGACAUGGCAUGGCCAUUUCCGGAUAACAAACACGGAUCCGAUGCAUGUGUCGUACGUUUCGAGAGGGACACAGCGUGUUUAGGGCCUUGGAGACAUGAAGAGCAGACUGUCGCAAUCAUGUUGCUGGUUGUUCCCGUGGCGGUAUUUCUCUGGAAGGUGGCCUUAUUCGUGACACCAGGCUUUGACACAUCGUGGUUGCCAUCCACCCUCCGAUUGCCGAUCGAGGAUAACCAGAGCAGCGAUCGACGACGGCCAGCUCUUCUCUUUCGCGAUGUUGAGGACGAGGGCGAAGUUGACAGUCUCAGGGACGAAGUAGCGAGACUGAAUAAGGAUUCGAAUCUGGCCACGCACAUUGAGCAAGGAAGAGUUCAACCAUCGGCCCUCAUUCAAGAGCAUGAGAAUUCGUGGACCAGAGAUUGAUAGCCAGCGAAGCUGUAGGAGCACGGCGUAAUCGGCGCAUGAGUUGACGAUUUCGCGGUACUCAUUCGAGCACGAUAUUUGCCUUUUGAGAUCCUACUUUCCCUCCCUGCAUGCGUUUAUGAUAGGAUAUACUCAUCCUUGGCCUCUUUCGUUGCGCGUGUUUGGCGACUUUCCGGCGUCCACCGGUAAUCCAUGCAUUCAUUGGCUUGCGAAUACCAAUGAAUUUGCCCUUGGGAGUAAAUACUUCCACCUCAGGAACACUAUUCGCUGAAUCUGCUUGAUGGCCCAGUUCCGCGGUGAAUGCAUCAGAAAUCAAGCUCUUCUUACGGCUGCGGACUUGGCAUGCCAACUCAACCCAGCCAACACCUUCGAUCAAAAUAUCGGCACUGUAGACAAUGAAAGGCAGAU